UGGAUGGAUGGAUGGAUGCUCGCAGCCGGGGCCCGCCCCUGCGCCGCCUGCACUGCCCUGCGUGCCGGGGCCCGGGCGCAGAGCCGCACUGCAGACUGGGCUGGACACAGAAGCAGCAAUGCUGCAGCUGCCUCUCUCCUAGCGCUGAGCACGGCUGAUAUAACAUGGGGUGUCUCAGCGGCUGGCCGGGGGCUGCCUUUACCCUCCUGCUGCUACUGCUGCUCAGCCUCCUGGCGCUCUGCUUAGCAGCACUGGAGGAACUGGGCCCCACCACUGACAGGCAGCCGCACACAGCGUGCACCCUGCAGGAGGGGGAGAGUCGUAUCUUCACCUGCUGGGUUCCCCGGCCAGUCCCCGGUGCCACACUGGCCUGGUACCUCAACGGUCAGAAACAGGAAGCCAACCUCUCAACUGCAGACACUGCCAGCAUCCUCACUGGCCAGCGCUCCGACCACCAGCUCAACUGCUCCCUGACCAUCCCGACCUCCAGUGAGACCUACAACACCUCCAUCCUUCUCAGUGUGCAGUGUAAGGUCCUCGGUGCCGGCCUGCUCCAGACUGGGAUGUGGGGAGGGCAUGUGGGGCUCCCAUCCAGCUCGGGCAGGACCAUAACCUGCAUCCAUCACAGCCAUAGCUGGGCAGCAUCUUGUCAGUCCUGUGCAAACGACAUAAACAAGCGCUCCUGGACCCAGGCGAGACAAAUCCUGCUCCUAGCUGUGUUGUCCCCAUCCCUCCUCCCCAUCUCACUGCCUGUUUUUUACCCAGAUAAGCCAGAGAUCCUGCGGGAAGAUGCCCACUACCAGCAGGUUGAGAGCACUGGCCUUCUCCUGGUGCUCUUUGUGCUGGUGCAAGCCAACCCACCUGCCAGCAUCACCUGGGUGGACCAGGAUGGGCAUGUGAUGGCCAACACCUCCAAGUUUCUCCUCCUGGGUGCCAACCACUCACUCCACAUCCAUCUCAGCUGCACAGCUGGAAACCUCUCCAUCAGUGCAGCCAACAGUGUGGGCAUCACCACUGCCUCCCUCAUGCCCCCAGGCCUGCUGGAUGCCCGUGUGGAGCUGCCUGUCCUGGGUGUUGCCGUUGGAGCAGCCCUGGCCCUAGCCGCCCUGCUCAGCCUGGGCUCCUGUGCUGCCUGCCUGGCAUGCCGCUUGCCCCAGCUUGUGCAAGGUCCGGUGCAAGCAGGAGGGAACAGCCCACCCAGCCAGUGCUCCCACUGCAGCAGCUCUGAGCCCCCGCAGCCCCGGGGCACACGUCUGCCCCGCCAGACCCAGUCCCUGCCACCCAACCUGCGCCUCGGUGACCUUGCACAGGAAGAUGGAGCUUCCCCCAAGGAUGCGGGAGCCAGUGCUAGGGGAGAAGAAAGUGCCCUGCUGGGACUGGAAAACUCCCUGGUCCUCAGCAAGCUUGGUUUUGUCCAGCUCCCAGUGUCUGGGCGCAUCUACAAAGUGCCCAGCACGAGCAGUGAUGAGAUCUGGCUGUGAGCUGCAGUGGUGCCGGUGAGCCAGGGCUGCCCGGCACAGGUAGGUACCAGCCCCCGGAGCUGAGCAGCUGAGGGUGCCAGGAAGGCCGUGAUGGGAAGCAGCAGCUGACCAGCCCCAGCUCUGUGCUGUGCUGUCAGCCAAGGCAUGGUUUUAUGUAGCCCCUGAACUUUAGCAAUAUUCUGUUACAAUCAAAAUGCAUCAAAACUGUUUAUAGCCAGGCUCUAGCACUGUGACUCCUCUUGGGGUAAAGCCAAGCACCAGCUUUGCUUUAGCAGGUUUGUGACUCGCUGUAUGAUCUUCUUUGCCCCUGUCCCUGCUGCUGUGGCAGACAGGUGGGAGGUCAGUGGAGCAGGGGCUGAGGAGAGCCGUCCCAACAGCAAUAAACUGAAUUUAAGCA